UCUUACCAUUCCACUUCAUUUCUUGGCCACAACAGUCAACAUAAUCUAAUUAAACCCAGAUGACCACUACUACUCUCAUUUUCCUUGCAAUUUCAAUUCAAGCUACCAAGUCUUGCUCAUCUUCAUUUCUUAAGAAGCUAGAAUUCAUUCAACCAAACAAAUCACUACAAAUUAGUAGCACAUAUUAAAUUUAUAGCUACCAAAAAAGAAAAUGAAGAAAAUAAAUCAAGUAAAAAUGGACACUACAAAGAGCUUUUCAGAGCUAGUGUUAGAGCUUGUAGCAUCAGCAGAUGAAGUGGCAUCUCUAGCAAAAGACUCGGAAAUCGAUACGGAACCGUUAAGUGAGUUUGCCAUUUAUAUAGAGAAGCUUUCACCGAUCCUAGAUACUCUAAGAGAAGAUAAGAUGAUCAUGGACACCCCUACUAUAAGGUCUGCUAUAGGGUCUUUAGAAGCCGAGCUUCAACGUGCUCGUAACUGUAUCGUUAACAAAAGUGUAUGCUUGAACGAGCAUCAUCGUUUCGAUGUGAUUCAAAAACUUACUCAUGAUCUUGGGAGGUCUUUAGGCCUUUUGUUAUUUGCUAGUAUUGGGGUAUCCUUAGACUUGAAGGACAAACUUGGAGUUCUGCAUAAGGAGAUGAUGAAUCAUUCUUAUUUUUGUUCUUCGAGUGAGAGUAUUACAGAUAAUGAGCAAGUUUGUUGUGACAAGGAAGAGUUAGUGAUCAUGGGAAUUGAAAGAGAGGAUGUUGCAUUACAGCUUAAAUAUGGGAAUGAUGAUGAGUUUAAGAAUUCUCUUUUGGGAUUAGAGAUUUUGAUUAGAGAUAAAAUCGUUGAUUGUGACUGGAUUACUGAUGAAGGGAUCAUCCUCAUUCUGUUUAAUCGAAUGGGUUCGACCAAAUGUAUAGAUAGAUUAGGUAUAAUCAAGGUGCUAAGAAGCAUUGCAUUUCAGAAUCAUCAAACCAAGGUAGAGAAAAUGGCAGACAUUAAUUCCCUUACAACAUUAGUGAAGUCACUGGCUAGAACAGAGAUGGAAAGAAGAGAAGCAGUUGGAUUGUUGAUGGAUCUCUGUGAGCUCUCUUCUGUUCGACGAAGGAUUGGAAGAAUCCAAGGGUGUAUUAUCAUGUUAGUGGCUAUACUGAAUGGGAAUGAUACACUUUCAUCAAAUGAUGCAGGAAAGUUGUUAGAUGCUCUUUCAUGUAAUACUCAAAAUGCUCUUCUUAUGGCUGAGGCUGGUUAUUUUCAUCCUUUGAUCCAACACCUUAAGGAAGGUUCAGAAAUGAGUAAAAUUCUAAUGGCAACUGCACUUUCAAGGAUGGUAUUGACAGAAAAAACUCGAGCCUUACUUGGAGAAGACGGUGCAAUUCAACCUUUAGUCAUCAUGUUUAAGACAGGAAAACUCGAAGGAAAGCUCUCGGCUUUAAAUGCUUUACAAAAUCUAUCCCUUUCAAACAAAAAUAUAUCAUACAUAGUUGAUUCCGGUAUCCUUCCUCCUCUGCUUCAGCUCCUUUUUUCUGUGACUUCCUCUCUGAUGAGCCUUCGGGAACCAGCAUCUGCUAUCCUUGGAACCUUAUCAUCCUCGGAUUCUAUCCUUGAGCAUAGAGAUCUUCCUAAUCAGCUUCUCUCACUUGUAAACUUGUCUAGUCCAAAUAUUAAGUGCAAUAUUCUUCUAGCUUUAAAUAGCAUUCUUUCUCAGCCAGGUGCUUCUGAAGUUAGAGCCAAAACAAUCCAAAAUGGUGUUAUGCAGCUUUUGCUUCCCCUCAUCAGUGAAACUGAUACCAAAAUUAGAAUGGCAGCCCUGAAUAUCCUAUAUACCAUAACGAAGAAUUUAUCCAUCGAAGAAACUUAUCUUCCAAACAUUGUGAAUAUCAUCUCGGCUUCAUCGUCAAAGGCUGAAAAGGCAGCUGCUGUUGGUUUGUUAAGUAACAUUCCAAUCUCAGAUAAAAAGGCAACAGAUUUACUCAAGAAGCUAAACCUGUUGCCUACAUUAGUCACACUUAUGGGUUGUAUGAACUCUUCCAAUUCAACCACCAUAACAAGGUGGUUAGAAGAAAGUGUUGCAGGUAUUUUUAUCAGGUUUACACUGCAUUCUGACAAGAAACUACAACUUUAUGCAGUAGAAAUGGGAGUUAUACCUAUUCUAGUGAAGUUGAUCUCAGAUGGGUCGAUCAAAGCCAAAUCUAGAGCUGCAACAUCGCUAACUCAGCUAUCAAAAAAUUCACUUACCUCUAAAAGUAGUAGGAAUUCCAGGUGGGGUUACUGUGUUCCUUCGCCUACUACAGAUGGAUUUUGUGAAAUCCACAGUAGGUUUUGCAGUGUCAAAGGAAAUUUUUGCUUAGUAAAAGCGGGUGCUAUUCCUCCUUUGUUCAGAGUUUUGGAAGGUGAUGAGAGAGAAGCUGAUGAGGCCGUGUUGGUUACAAUUACAAGUCUGUUGCAGGAUGAAAUUUGGGAAGAUGGCAGCAAUUUUAUAGCUAAAAUACCAGGUGCAGUGGAGGCUAUUAUUAGGAUGUUAGAAGUAGGAAGUUUAAAGGCUAAGGAAACGGCACUAUGGAUACUGGAGAGAAUACUUCGGAUUGAAAGUUAUAGAUCGGAGUAUGGAGGUUCAGCUCAACUGGUGCUGAUAGAUCUUGCUCACAAAGGGGAGCCUUCUUUGAAAUCUCUGCUGGCCAAGUUAUUGACGCAGCUUGAAUUGUUACAAGAACAAUCUAGCUACUUUUAAGCAUCAUCAAAUAUUUUUGGUCAUUAUUACUCACAUAUCAGUGUUCUUAUGUAUCAUUGUACGAACUAGUAGAUUACACGAAAUAUUAUUUACGAAGUAAUCUAUAAGCAUAAUGGGUGUAAAUAAUAUGCAUACAGUACGCAUCAUCACAAGAAAUAGUUGAUCAUGUAAAUCUUAGUUGUAUAUUGGUAAAUGAAACAACUUCGAGAGGUUUAAUACUUUAAUAGUGAUGUACCUAAACUUAAAUUUCAGUACAGUGUGUAUUAAACUCAUAA